GGAAGAGCGCAGUGACCAGCCCUGGGAAAGGCGGGGAAGUGCUGGUGGGCUCUGGGGAGGGGGGUCGGUGGGGGGCUUUAUAACUCGGCAGGCGGCGACUCGGCCGUGUCCAGUCCGUGUCCCCUUCGUCCUGCUUUUUUUUGGGGAGGGGGGACUGCAGGAACCUCCGUGAGAGAUCGAAGGCUCUGCCACACCAUGUCUCCUGCGCUUUGGCUGCUGCUGUUCCUGCUACAACUGACAGCAUCUUUUCGGUCUCCGUUCCUCAUCUCGGAGGGUGACCAGGAGCAGCUGCCGUGCCCAGCCGAGUGCCCCCCACACCAACAUGGCCGCCCCGUCUGUGCCUCCGACGGGAAGUUUUACAGGUCGGCCUGCGCCUUCCAGGAAGCCAGGUGUGAACAUCCUCACCUGCAGGUGUGGCCUCGCUUCCGCUGCAGGGGAGCUGCCCGGCGGGAUAAUAACAGUGCCAAUUUGACGCGUUGCCAGGAAGACCGAGCAGCUGCCCUCGCCAAAUCCCGGCGCCAGACCCAGGCCCCCUACGUGCCUGAAUGUAGCGAGAAUGGCGCCUUCCUGGAGAUCCAGUGCCAUAAACAAACGGGCUAUUGCUGGUGCUCCACCCCGGAAGGCAAACCCAUCGCAGGAACGUCUGCCCUGAACCAAGCGCCCAAUUGCACAGGAACGGAUUCGGUGGGAACGUCAUGGCAAGAUGCCCGUUCUUCUAAGCGAGAAGAAGGUGUGGCCCCUCGGCCUACUCAGCCAAGCCCCGGGCCCCACAGACAGCCAGAAGGCACCACCCGGCCUUUCCUGAUUCCCAUCAUCCUUCCGGAUUUCAAGGCCAACCACUCGGCGAAACCGGCUCAAGAAUACCCGCCGUCGUGCGAACAGGAACGGCGGGAAGCCAUCCACGAGGCCCACCAGCACCAGCAAGAGGGCACCUUCAUCCCGGCGUGCGAAGGCGAUGGCACCUACAAGGAGGUGCAGUGUCACCAAGCCACAGGCUACUGCUGGUGCGUGCGGGUGGACACCGGCCGCCCCAUCCCAGGGACCUCCACCCGAAACUUUCCCCCGGACUGCGAAGCUGAUACAUCAACCAAGAGCACGGAAAUAGGGCCCUUGUUCCGAGAUCGGAUCCUGCCAGGUUGUCCCGGGUCAAAGAAAACUCAAUUCCUUACCCAACUGAUCAAAGCAUUGAGUUCCCACAUGCUCCAAUCAAGGCUGAUGACCAUUCCAUACCGCAGGUUUCCGGAUUCCUUAGCGGCCCCCAGCUUGGAAGACCGGGCCGUGCGCUGGCAGUUCACCCACCUGGACCGAGACUUCAGCAACGGCGUGAGCGAGCGGGAGCUGCGCCCUUUCAAGCUGUACAUGAAGCAAAACGCCCGGCCCAAGCGCUGCGUCCGGAAGUUCCUGGAUUACUGCGAUCUCAGCGGCAACAAGUUGAUCUCGCUGCCCGAAUUCAGAGGCUGUUUGGGGCUCAGCUAACCCUCCGGUUUUCUCUCUCCCAAAAUGGCAUGCAAUCUCUCUCCCUCUCUCUCUCUGAGUUUCGGCCUUCGAUUGCUGACUGACUGACCUUCUGCACUUUAAAAAGAAAAAAGGACGGACUGGAUUUUCUGCCAAGAGUGACGAGGAAGAAUGAGCAGAAUCGGUGACUGCAAAGCCCACCCACUCGUGUGUGUGUUUUUCCUUCCUGGUUUUACCACCUCUUGCUUUUAAAAACGUAGAUUUAAAAAGGGCGGCGGUAAUCCGCGGUCUUCCUAGAUUUUGUUAAUAAUAACUAUAUUUUAAUCCUUGCUUUAUUUCUACGGGGUCCUUUGAAAGGGAAAAAAAAAUCUGGAUGUGAGAGGAUGAUAUUAUAGCCUUUCUCUCUCAGUGUUUUUAAAAAGAUGUAUGUUUUUUUUUUAAAUAAAAGGACGAUUGGUCUUCUAAGUCCCUGGCGCUGGGGAAAAAAAAAAAAAGCCGGAUUUUAGGACCAA